AUGCUAGGUCCAGGAUUGCAUUUUAAUAGGAGCAGAAAUGGGGAGGAUCGGUUUUACAGCGUAGCGAGGGCUCGUCGGAGUCGAGAUCACCUGCGGAGAGCCCAAAGUGACGUCACUACCAGCCGCUCUCAGAGUCGAGUUGAUGAGCCUCUGGAAAAAGCUAAGCUGGCUGAUGCUGUGCCGAAGGUAGUGGCAACCGAACCAUCACCAUCGUGUAAUCUGAAGCGGUUCUUGGAGUCCGUCAUCCCUUCAGUUCCGGCUCAACAUUUAUCCAAGACAACGAUAAGAGGAUGGAAAACAUGCAAUGUGGAGUUUCAGCCAUACUUUGUGCUAGGUGAUUUAUGGGAGUCAUUCAAGGAAUGGAGUGCAUAUGGUGCUGGAGUGCCAUUGAUAUUGAAUGAGAGUGAUUCCGUGGUUCAAUAUUGCGUGCCCUAUUUAUCGGGUAUUCAAUUGUAUGCUGACCAUUCAAAGAGUUCAGCAAAAUCAAGGCGACUUAGUGAGGAAAGUGAUGGUGAUAGUUUUGAGGAUUCUAGUAGCGAUGGAAGCAGCGACUGUGGACAUGAUAGAGGCGGUUUGAAUUAUUUAAGCCAACAACAUUGUUAUCAUUGUCAGUCAAGUGAUAAUCCUCUUAGAAUAGACCAAUUGUCCGUGAGAGACCAGAAUAUAGCAUUUCUAGAAGGUUUUUCUAGUGAUGAAAGUGAAUCUGGAAGUUCACAAGGUUGCUUGUUGUUUGAGUAUCUUGAAAGGGACCAACCUUACAGUCGAGAGCCUUUGGCAGACAAUAUAUAUGAUCUUGCUCUCCACUUCCCUGAACUAAAAACUCUCAGAAGUUGUGAUAUACUCCACUCCAGUUGGAUUAGCGUGGCCUGGUAUCCUAUUUACAGGAUACCAACGGGACAAACACUCAAUGAUUUGGAUGCUUGCUUUCUGACCUACCAUUCUUUUCACACACCCGUGACAGGUAGCGAGGCUAUGCAUCCUCCAAUUGUCACAUACCCCAGUGAAAUGGACGGCAUCCCCAGGAUUCGCUUGCCAGUUUUUGGUCUUGCUUCGUACAAAUAUAAAGAUUCAUUGUGGACUUCGAAUGCCGGAUGUCAGCACCAAUUGGAAAACUCCCUCUUGCAGGCUGCUGAUGAUUGGCUGACGUUACGACACGUCAACCACCCAGAUUUCCUUUUCUUCUGGCGUUGA